AACCCUUAAUUGUUGCUUCCUGCCUGUCUGUAAAAAAAUUAAACAUGGCGUUGUUUUGUUUUUGUGUUAAAUAAUUACUAUUAUUACUUGAUAUCCUGUUUCCGAAAAAAGUUCAAAUAUCCCCAAAAUGUCCAGAACUAAAUCGCGACAAAACGUGGAGGUGUGCGGCGAUUGCGGGGCUGCAGAUGCCACUUGGGCGUCGUUGAAUAAGGGCAUAUUAUUAUGCACCCAAUGCUGUAGUGUGCACCGCAGUCUCGGCAGACAUAUCAGUCAAGUGAAAUCCAUAUUGAAAACCACUUGGAAUCACAAUCAGCUGAAUAUGGUUACAACUUUAAAUAAUAAUGGAGCGAAUAAUAUUUGGGAACAUACACUGUUAGAAAAUGGAGGCAAAUUGCUGAAGAAAAAACCUUCCUCAAAAGAUCCUAUAAGCGUAAAACAGGAAUAUAUAAAAUGCAAACAUCAACUGUGCCAAUUCGCCUUUCGAGAGAACUAUGAAGAUGGUCUGCUUAGUGUGGAAAAUGAGUUAGGCAAGCAGUUGCAUGCUAGUGUGCGCACACCCAAUUUGGAAACUUCCUUUCGCUUGCUAGCUUUAGGGGCUGAUCCAAACUAUUUCCAUGAUGAAAAAGGUUCAACACCUCUGCAUGUUGCAGUAAAUUUCGAUCAAAAGUUGCAAGUUGAAUUGCUGUUAGUGUAUGGGGCAGAUCCUACUUGUCCUGAUAAUCAGGGUAGGACACCUUUAGAUUAUGCCAGACAAUCAAAUAAUAAGGAAGUGAUGAGUCGUCUCAUUGAAAGCCAAUAUGAGGUGACCGAUACUUUCAGUUAUUAUUUAUCUUUGAGGAAACCAGAUCAUAAUAAGGGUGUACAUUUUUUAAUUCCUCCUGUUGGUUUCAAAUCAGUUCCUGCAUCAUUGGCGAAACUUCGAAAGUUACCGAACCAUGUGUUCGAAGAACUUGUAAUGGAUGUCUACGACGAAGUGGAUAGAAGGCAAACAGAAUCCAUCUGGCUAAGUUGUGCAGAUACCACUGACUUAAAUGACGUGCCGUUUUUACCUGUGGACAACACACUGACCACCACUCGAAACCAGGGAAGGCAAAAGUUGGCCCGUUUUACCACUCCCGAAUUGAAAAGCCUUGUUUAUGAUAUUUUGGUCGACACACAACGCAGACAAAACCCCCAUAAAAGCGGCUCAACUCAGCUUCGUGAAACUUCUGAAAUUGAUGAUGACGAUCCGUUAUACGAUUCGGUUGCUGAAGACGAGGAUUACGCCGUUCCAAUCGAAAAAGAUGAAGAGGCUGCUCCUACCACCUCAUCAAACAAGGAUAGCAUUAUCUCGAUCGACAGCAUUAAUAAGACCAAUCAAGUGUUGGAGCAGUUAACAAAACAGUUAAAACAUUCAGAUGGCACUAUCACCGAAUUACGUGCGGAGGUAGCGAAGCUGCGACAGAGUGUAAAAACAUUACAAGGGGAAAACUUCGAACUACGCAGGCGUUUGGCGUCGUCGCACAAAGGAACAGGGUUUGUUAAUGGCGACAAUGGUUUUGAUUCUUUAGAAUUCAUUAAUGAGCACACGGAAUUAUCGCAAGAACUACCGAAUGGUUCUAAAGCAGUAGACGAGGUGGAUUUGCGACAAAAAAAGGCUCAACUCAGACCAACGAGCAUGUACGAGCCACGAGAAGGGAUUAAUAAGUUGGCCAAUUGGCAAGCCCUGAAAGCACAGUUGAAGCAGAAUGAAAGCUCGUCUGCACGUGAUCGAGAGACAGUUCUUCAAUGUACCGAACAAAUAACACGCACGAUCCAGCGUCUUUGCAAAGCUAUCCAGGAGCCCGAGAAGGGGGAAUGCGUGUCUAGUGGUGAAAAAGUUAAACUUGCUAUUGCCGUACUCGCUAGUACUCUACCCAAAGUGACUCAGGAAUGUGAAGGUGAAAAAGUAAAGCAGAUGCUCGAAGUGGCGAAUCGGCUACAACCGGAAUGUAUGGGUCUUCAAAUAUCGCGCCUUAAAGGCGAAACCAAAUCCGUCGACGCGCAUUUCAGCAACAUUCGCGACAUUGCAUUUAAUCUUGCCAAAUUUACAAAAGAGAUUGUCACUAAAUAUUCGGCAAGUCCGUAAUAGUUUGAUUGUUGCUCAUUUGUUCAACUAUUUCAACACUGACUGACAUUUUAAAAUUCUUGUUGUGUUUGAAAUGUUUAAAUUUCAGUAUUCGUUUUAUGAUAAUUUUUUUUAUAAAUAACAUAUUAGUUUUAUGUUUUUUUUUUAGGUUUAGUUUGUUAGAAAAUUGUUGAAAAUUUUAUGUAUGAAUACUAUAACUUACUAAUUAAAAUAUUUUAUAUAUUUUUAUAAUGUUGCAGUCUUUAAAAGACAAAAUUUCAGAAGCCAUUUACCCCGUUUCCUAAUUUCCGAAUAAAACAACAGUUAAUAAAAUAGUAUAUUGAAUACAAAAAAAGGGGACCAUUUGCAUAUAGUAUUCAUGCACUCCACAUAGUAUAUACUAAUCAUUAUAUACUAUAUUACAACGUUAUUGACUGACUUAAUUGUAUAAGCAAUGUUUUAUAUGCUAAUAAAAUUAAUUGUUAAAAACA